AUGUGGAAAAAAUCUUUACUCUCCCUCAAUAUCCUCGCUGGUGCCGUGGUGGCAUCGCCACGGUUCCCCGUCUUUAGGAGACAGGCCGAUGUCGACUCAUUCAUCGAGAAGCAAACACCCAUCGCCAAACAAGGGGUUCUCGACAAUAUCGGCGCCGAUGGAGAGCGCGUCGAAGGAGCUGCAGCGGGAAUCGUAGUGGCUUCGCCGUCGAAGGAGGACCCAGACUACUUCUACACUUGGACUCGGGAUGCAGGCCUUACCAUGCUGGCGGUCAUCGAGCAAUUUCUCGCUGGCGAUGACUCGCUUGAAUCUCUAAUCCAGGAUUACGUCGACUCGCAAGCCAAGCAGCAAACCGUCUCGAACCCAUCUGGUGAUCUCUCCGACGGGUCUGGACUGGGAGAGCCAAAAUAUUACGUCGAUAUCUCGGAAUUUACUGAUUCCUGGGGCCGUCCGCAGCGCGAUGGCCCGGCCCUGCGUGCUUCAGCGUUGAUCGCAUAUGGCAACUCGCUGAUUGCCAAAGACAAGAAGUCACAGGCACAAGAUAACAUCUGGCCGAUUGUUCAGAACGACCUGGCGUACGUCGGUCAAUACUGGAAUGAAAGCACGUUCGAUCUCUGGGAAGAGGUCCAAGGCUCAUCUUUCUUCACGACCGCCGCCCAACACAGGGCCUUGGUUGAGGGCAAUGCUUUCGCAGAAGCGCUGGGUCAAACCUGUGACUCCUGCUCCGUGGCACCUCAGAUCCUCUGCCAUCUCCAGGAUUUUUGGAGUGGCUCAGCUGUUAUCUCCAACAUUCCAACAAGUGGCCGCAGCGGUCUAGAUGCCAACUCUCUGUUGGGAUCCAUUCACACCUUCGACCCAACCGCAGCGUGCGACGAUGCCACCUUCCAGCCUUGCUCUCCUCGUGCGUUAUCCAACCACAAGGCUGUUGUAGACUCGUUUCGGUCGAUCUACAACGUUAACGAAGGGCGGGGUGCGGGCAAAGCAGCCGCAGUGGGUCGCUAUGCGGAGGAUACCUACCAGGGAGGAAAUCCAUGGUAUCUUACCACCCUGGCAGCCGCAGAGGUGCUGUAUGACGCACUCUAUCAAUGGGACAAGCAGGGCAGCCUGUCCGUCACCGACACGUCCCUGUCUUUCUUCAAGGACAUUGCCAGCAAUGUCACCACUGGGUCAUACUCCAAGUCAUCGGCCGAGUAUACCUCCCUCACCAAAGCCGUCAAGACAUAUGCGGAUGGCUUCGUGUCAGUGGUGGAGGAGUAUACACCCAGCAAUGGCGGGUUAGCCGAGCAGUUCACCCGCGACAACGGGGAACCAACAUCGGCUACGGCCUUGACCUGGUCAUUUGCAUCUUUCUUGACAUCAGCCUCGCGACGAGCCGCCAAAGUCCCUGCUUCCUGGGGCUCUUCGGCAUCAGAACUGCCAAGCCAGUGCAGUGGGGAUACGGUGACGGGGAGUUAUGUGACUCCAACCCCGGUUCAUGGUAGCGUCGCAGGGAGGGGGUUGACCACGAGCGGCAAGGAAGAUGUACCGACUAUCGGAAAGUUAGUAUUGAGCCACAAUGUUGGUAAUCGGAGUAGGAAAUGGCGGACGUGUCCAUUGCAGUAG